CAGUGCGCACUGGCAAAUGUUGCGCGCACGUUGUUCCUCCUUGAAGCCGAUGUUGUUUAUAUUGUUUUGGUUGUUUGGAUCUCACAUGAACGAGAAAAAUGUCAGAAGCUAUCACCAAACUUCCAUGGAGGCAGAAACAAUGAAAGGAAUCUAAAAAUCUCACCCUGCAGAUUGAGAGUGACUUAUGGGGACUGUUAGCCAUGGAUCCAGCAGAUCAAUUAAACACAACUCAAGUGGAAGACUCCCAACUUGAACUGAAACCUUCCAAUUGCUGCUCAACUACAGCUGCCAUCAAUGACGAGAACCUUCUAAAGCUGGACGACAGCACAAAGCUGGUUGGAGUCCAAGUUAUUCUCAUCCUUGCUUACAGUAUAAUCAUAUUGUUUGGACUCAUUGGAAACUCCUUAGUCAUAUAUGUUGUCUACAAGUUUAAAAAUCUAAGAACGGUCACCAAUUUCUUUAUAGUAAACUUAGCAGUGGCAGACCUGCUGGUGAACACGCUGUGUUUGCCUUUCACCCUCGUCUACACUCUGUAUGGUGAGUGGAAGUUUGGCCAGGUGUUGUGCUUCAUGCUGCCCUGUGCUCAAGGCAUGGCAGUGCACGUGUCCACCAUCACAAUGAACGUCAUUGCCUUGGACCGCCACAGGAGCAUUGUCUACCACAUGGAGACCAAGAUGUCCAAAGACAUGUGCGCUUUGGUCAUUGUCAUCACGUGGGCUGUUAGCGCCCUGUUGGCCAGUCCACUCGCCAUCUUCAGGGAGUACGGGACAUUUGACCUUUCACCGGACGAGUCUAUUCAGGUGUGUACAGAGAAGUGGCCAGGAAGCAGCAUGAACGGAAGCAUCUACAGUGUAUCAGCACUUCUGGUUCAGUAUGGUUUACCUCUGGCCAUUAACUCUGUUGCCUACAUUCGCAUCUGGAAUAAGCUGAAGAAUCACAUGACUUGCGGAAGUCGAAAUGACCGCCAUCAGCGCAGGAAGAAGACCACUAAGAUGCUGCUGGUCAUGGUGGUCGUCUUUGCUGUCAGCUGGUUGCCUUUCCAUGCGUUUCAGCUAGCUGUUGACAUCGACAGCACUGUGUUGUAUAUGAAGGACUUUAAGCUGCUUUUCACUGUGUUCCAUAUUGUGGCAAUGUGCUCGACGUUUGUCAACCCCAUCCUGUAUGGGUGGAUGAACAACAACUACAGGACGGCAUUUUUGUCUGUGUGUAAGUGUUACCAGCCUUUCAGUUUUAGGUCAAGACGCUCCAAAGGCAGAGAGGCGCAAAAAGAUGAAGACAGAGUUUGUACAGACUGCAAAUCAACAAAUGUCUAAUUUGCAUAGUCGGUUCACUGAUAAUCAUUUGUAGAAAUGUGAAGUAUGUAUUUGGUUGUGUUUAGGACUCUCAAAGUGAUGGAUGAUGAAAAUGACAUAUGGGUUACAAUUUAUGUUAGAAUAAAUGUUUUGAAAAGGGCUUCAACUUUGAAGUAAAUUACCAUUACAGUACUUGCACUGCGACAAAGGUGGGUCGUACUAGCUCUCAUUCCAAUCAAUACUUGUCAACUCUCAGAAGCAUUUUUAAAUCAAACCAUGGUGGAUAUAGCGUUGUUUAAAAUAUUUAUGAUUUCCUAUGAUUUCCUCUUGAUGUAUUAAAGUGUUUGAAUCUUAAAUUUGGCCACAGAUAACCCAACCAGCUUUGUUCAUUUUUGUGCCCUUCACUUUUAUUGUGUGUUAUUGGUUUUUGUACUCUCUGAACAUUGAUGUUUUUCUGCCGCCACAGUCAGAUGAGAGAUAGUCACGUCUGAGUCACCUUCAGUUAUUAGUUUUAACUCUGAGCUUAACAAGCAGCAAGAAGACUUUAUUUGAUAAUGGGGUUUUUACCUCUCAGGCUACAUACAUACAGCCCGCCCUACAUUAUUGCUGAAGGUUACUUAUCUGACUGUAUAUAGUCUGAAAGGAAUACCUGCAGACACAAUGCAGGGAUUACAAAAGUUCAUAUGUAGAUGUAUAUGUAUAUGUAUGUGUAUAUCUAUAUCUAUAAAUAUAUAUAUGAUUUAACAAAGGUGCAAAUACAAUAUAAGAAGAAAAUAAAGAUGAAUAUAUUCUUUUUCCGUUGAGGAAAGAAUAAAAAUACAUAACUCUUCUCCUUUUUAUCCACCUCUUAAUAAUUUCCAUACAGUCCCUUAUGUCCCUACUAUGUUAUAAAGCCAAACAGAUUGUAUAUUGUUCACAAAUGUUACUAACUGACAUUCAACUCAAUAUGAUCCACUUUUGUUGCAGUGUUUCUAACUGUGAUUGUGCCACUUAUGGAUAAAAGUCCUUUUCCAUGAGGUGUUUACAUUAUUUCGCUUCUGUGUCAAGCUAUCAAGUAUAAUUCAUGUCAGUUUAAUUCUGGACAACAGCAGUAAAGAAUAAUUCAAUCACCAAAAACAUUAUAAAGAACCAGGAAAUAAAGUAUAUAUCAUACACAAUACAAACCACAAA